GGGCAGGUAAUUUCUUCACGACACUUACUGUACUCUUUAGUACAGAGCAAGAUAUUGUGCAUGCAAUUCUUCUGAAAGUUACAUUCAACAUAGUGGUGUGUUCGGUUCUCGAGAUAUUAUUAACUAGUGAUUUGGGACAACAUAUCCGUGACCAGCUGAAAAUUGCGUUUGCAAAAGGUGAAUCAGCUACUCAAGUGGACCAAGAACGCUGUAAUAGGUACUACGCAAGUUUAAACAGACUAUCAUCAAAUUAUCAUGGACAAAGAUACAAACGUACCUUGCUGAGUACAGCGAGUGGAUUGGACAGGAAACAGUGUAAUUUGGUACUGACUCCUGAAAUGUUGGAGUAUUUUAAUGAAGAAGACAAGGGAAUGAUUGAGAAAUAUUAUAAUAAACUAAAGAAACUAUUAAUAAAAGAUGAUAAGAAGAAUUAGAUGUUUAAGCUUUGUAGGCAGUUAUGCUAAGACAAAGCAUUUCAUUAACAGAGCAGAUAGGCUACUGAACAAUGUUAAUGUAUUGUGUUUAACAAAUACAAGACAAUGUAGUUUGCAAUCUGUUCCGGAAAAAAGUCCUCAUACGCCUGUUAUGGCACAGGAAGUAUUGUCAUAUAUAGAGCCAUCACCAGGCAAGACGUAUAUAGAUAUGACAUUUGGUGCUGGAGGACAUGCCACUAAACUUUUAGAACACUCACCUGAUAUAAAAAUAUUUGCAUUAGACAGAGAUUCUGUAGCGCAUGAAUAUGCACAGAAAUUAUCACAGAAAUACCCAGGCCAAGUAAUUCCUUUGUUAGGUAAAUUUUCAGAGCUGCCACAAUUACUUAAGCAACAUAAUAUUGGGAGGAACAGCAUAGAUGGAUUUCUGUUUGAUUUUGGUUGUUCAUCAAUGCAAUUCGACAUAGGGAUCAGAGGUUUCUCUUUGUCGAAAGAUGGUCCAUUGGACAUGAGGAUGGACGGAUUCCGAUGUUCGGGACAACCUACCGCUGCGGAUGUAUUAGAGAGAGCGACAGAAGAAGAUUUGGCACGUAUAAUAAAAUUUUACGGACAGGAGAAGCGAGCCAAGAAAAUAGCGCGUGCUAUUAUCGAGGCUAGAUAUAUGUUUAGAAAAUUAGAAACAACGAGAGAACUGGCUGAGCUAAUCGAGUCUACUCUCAGUGAUGAAAUCAGAAAGGACAAUCUUGGCAGAUUUUCACACAAUGCUACAAAAACGUUUCAAGCACUUAGAAUUUUUGUCAAUAACGAGUUAAACGAAAUCAAUUACGCGAUGCUUCUCGCCCGGAUAUACUUGAAAGUCACCGGUCGUUUAAUAACGAUCAGUUUUCACUCGCUGGAGGAUACUAUAGUCAAGAGACACAUUUCUGGAAACAUAACGGAUAACGUGGCAAACACCAUAUCUCUGAAGUAUGCGAAUCCUGGUAAGAUCUUCGAUGCGAAUGAACUCGAAAUGUUGACACAAACGCCAUGGAAAAUGAUGCACAAGCAUGUUCUGCUACCCACCGCCGAAGAAAUCGAAACAAACCCGAGAGCACGAUCGGCCAAGUUCCGUGCCAUUUUAAAGGUGAAAUAAAUCUUACAUAGGGGAAAUUUCAAUAGUACGCAUUAUUAUUUCGUUGUAUGAAUACGUUGAGAUUGUACACUGAUAGAUAUAUAUAUAUAUAUAUAUAUCGCAGCGGUAUAUAUAUAUAUAUAUCUAUAUAUAUAUAUAUGGCACAUCAUCCCACAAGACUUGUAUAGAAAUACAAAUUUAUUGAUAAUUA